UCUAUAUAAAUAACAAACCCACUGGCGCGCCCAGGACGGAGAACCCCCCUCUCUGGACGGCUUUUAAUCGAAAACGAAAGCUUUAAAAUUUAUAUAGAUAUUUUCCUAUGAAAGUAUUCGUCUAGAUACUUUUUAGACCGCGUUUUUUUAGCCAUACAGACAUGGUUCACGAGGAUUUGUUCGCACGCCUUAACGAAGCUGGAUAUAAGAACUGGUUAAAAGCCGGGUAUUGUCUCCUGAAAGUUAAAGACGGAUUGUGGGAAUAUGUAGACAGUGAAAUGCGGAUUUUUCACAACACAAUCAUCGAAAACAACACGUUCUUACAAAGAGGACAGAUGUGUAGAAGCAACUGUAGACCAAGAGGAAAUCAGUUUGAGUCCGCUUGUCCUCUCUGUAAUGAGUGGAAAAUGGAAAUAUUGAGACACCACACCAAACCACAUUGUAUUAUUAACUGGGGAAAUUGCAGGCCCUGGCUGUGGUCGAGCGAACAUUGGGAACUGGCAAAGGCUUUCAUGCCACGAGGGCUGGCAGAUUUAUCCAGAGCAGAUCAAUGUGAUGCAGCAGCACUGCUUAACCUCCUCCACUUCUGUGACCAUUUCAGCUUCAUCAAUCCGAAUAAUGUAACCGAGGUCAUCCGCUGUAGGAAUGAGUUGAUGCACUCGUGUGAGAUGCAGGUCUCAAACGAGUGGAUGGCACGCUUUCAGAAGAACCUGGAGCAGUUGUUACUAACUUUACGCCACAUCCCUAAAGUGGCUGCAGCAGGUCAACAGAUCCAGGAGAUGUUGUCUGUUGAUCUGUCAUUGCACAUCCCAGGGGUGGACAGCGUGGAUGGAGCCACAGUGGACGGAGUAUUGAUUGAAUCCAUCAGCCAGUGUGAGACGGAAUUGCUUAGGGAAUCUCUGAAAGACCUGUUAAACAACAGUGAACUCGAUGGCAAUGUCGUACCUCUGGAGAAACUCCAGAACAUUGAUAGAUUCCUAAGUAGCAACAAGGAUCUCGAAGAGGAGUUCAGUACAGAACUUCAGAGCCUUCGUGUCCUGGAAGCAAAACAGCUGCAAGGAGUGAACGCUGACAAUGCAGAAAGAUGACUGUGCUACAGAGACGGCAGAUGGAAAAGGACAUUAUAUUUUUGCAUAGGAAGUAUAUUAUUGCAGGGGUCAAUACAUGUAAAUGGAAAAUGUAUUUUGUAGUCUGGUUAUUAAUUCAGGUUUUUCAUAAUCUAGUCGUUCCAUUUAUCUUGCAACUGUACACAUUAGCACACAUGACAUGUUGGGGGGGGUUUAAGAUACUAUUCAUAGAUUUUUAUUAGUAUGCAAUUGUGUGAAAGUCACAUCCAAUAAAUUGUUAGUGCUCCUUCGAUCUAGGACAUUUCUUAGAUUGGAAGGAUAUAUGUCAUAUGAACAUUAUAUAAAUGUUCUCACGUGCCUCAUGUUUACAUAACUCCUGAUUAAAUACAAAAG